CUGGCCCAGAGCCGCCCAGGCAGCCAGCGAGCGAGCGGAGCGCUCUGGGAUGGGACUCGGAGGAAGCGGCGAAAGAGGAGACAGCGGCAGCACCUCGGCUUCUUCCUCGGCUCCCACGAGCGAUUCCCGAGGAGAGCCGUGGCUCUCGGAGCGGCGAGGAGGCCAGCGACGAAGACCCGGGACCUGUCUCGCUUCCCAGGCGCCGGCGGUGGCUGCAGAUGGAAAAGAUGCUGGUGGGCUGCUUUCUGCUGAUCCUCGGACAGAUCCUCCUCCUACCCGCUGAGGCCAGGCAGUGGCCUCCUUCCAGGUCCAUCUCCAGAGGGAGACAUGCUCGGACCCACCCUCAGACGGCCCUCCUGGAGAGCUCCUGUGAGAACAAGCGGGCAGACGUGGUCUUCAUCAUUGACAGUUCCCGCAGCGUCAACACCCACGACUAUGCAAAGGUCAAGGAGUUCAUCGUGGACAUCUUGCAGUUCUUGGACAUUGGCCCUGACGUCACCCGUGUGGGCCUGCUCCAAUAUGGCAGCACCGUGAAGAACGAGUUCUCCCUCAAGACCUUCAAGAGGAAGUCCGAGGUGGAGCACGCCGUCAAGAGGAUGCGGCAUCUGUCCACAGGCACCAUGACGGGGCUGGCCAUCCAGUACGCCCUGAACAUCGCAUUCUCAGAAGCAGAAGGUGCCCGGCCACUGAGAGAGAACGUGCCGCGGGUCAUAAUGAUUGUGACCGACGGGAGGCCCCAGGACUCGGUGGCUGAGGUAGCCGCAAAGGCCCGGGACACAGGCAUCCUGAUCUUUGCCAUCGGCGUGGGCCAAGUGGACUUCAACACGCUGAAGGCCAUCGGCAGCGAGCCCCACGAGGACCAUGUCUUCCUGGUGGCCAACUUCAGCCAGAUGGAGUCACUGACCUCAGUGUUCCAGAACAAGUUGUGCACGGUCCACGUGUGCAGCAUCCUGGAGCAUAACUGUGCCCACUUCUGCAUCAAUACUCCUGGCUCGUAUGUCUGCAGGUGCAAACAAGGCUACAUCCUCAACUCGGAUCAGACGACUUGCAAAAUCCAGGACCUGUGUGCAGCGGAGGACCACGGCUGCGAGCAGCUCUGCGUGAACCUGCUGGGCUCCUUUGUCUGCCAGUGCUACAGUGGCUACACCCUGGCCGAGGACGGGAAACGGUGUGUGGCUGUGGACUACUGUGCCUCAGAAAACCACGGAUGUGAACAUGAGUGUGUAAACACCGACAGCUCCUACUUUUGCCGGUGCCCUAAAGGAUUUGCUCUUAACCCGGAUAAGAAAACAUGCACAAAGAUAGACUACUGUGCCUCACCUGACCACGGAUGCCAGCACGAGUGUGUUAACACAGAUGAUUCCUAUUCCUGCCGCUGCUUAAAAGGCUUUACCCUGAAUCCAGAUCAGAAAACCUGCAGAAGGAUCAACUACUGUGCGCUGAACAAGCCGGGCUGCGAGCAUGAAUGCAUCAACACGGAGGAGGGCUACUACUGCCGCUGCCACCGGGGCUACACCCUGGACCCCAACGGCAAGACCUGCAGCCGGGUGGAUCACUGCGCCGAGCAGGACCACGGCUGUGCGCAGCUGUGCCUCAACACCGGGGACUCCUUCGUGUGCCAGUGCUCGGAAGGCUUCGUCAUCAACGAGGACCUCAAGACCUGCUCCCGAGUGGAUUACUGUUUGCUGAGUGACCACGGUUGCGAAUACUCCUGCGUCAACACCGACAGAUCCUUCGCCUGCCAGUGUCCCGAGGAACACGUGCUCCGCAGUGAUGGCAAGACCUGUGCCAGUGAGUAUUCUGAGGUCGGACGACCGGGACUUGGCACAAGCGAUCAAUUGGACUCUUGUGCGUUGGGGAACCAUGGUUGUGAACAUUCGUGUGUAAGCAGUGGAGGCUCUUUUGUGUGCCAGUGCUUUGAAGGGUAUAUACUCCGUGAAGAUAGGAAAACCUGCAGAAGGAAAGAUGUCUGCCAAGCAGUAGACCAUGGCUGUGAACACAUUUGUGUGAACAGUGAUGAGUCGUACAUCUGCAAGUGCUUGGAGGGAUUCCGACUCGCUGAGGACGGGAAACACUGCAGAAGGAAGGAUGUCUGCAAAUCAACCCGCCAUGGCUGUGAACACAUUUGUGUUAAUCGUGGCAGUUCUUACAUCUGCAAAUGCUCAAAGGGAUUUAUUCUAGCUGAGGAUGGAAGACGGUGCAAAAGAUGCACUGAAGGCCCAGUUGACCUGGUCUUUGUGAUCGAUGGAUCCAAGAGCCUCGGAGAAGAGAAUUUUGAGAUUGUGAAGCAGUUUGUCACUGGAAUUAUAGAUUCCUUGGCAAUUUCCCCAAAAGCCGCUCGAGUGGGGCUGCUCCAGUAUUCCACGCAGGUCCGCACAGAGUUUACACUGAGAAACUUCAGCUCGGCCAAAGACAUGAAAAAAGCUGUGGCCCACAUGAAAUACAUGGGCAAGGGCUCUAUGACCGGACUGGCUCUGAAACACAUGUUUGAGAGAAGUUUUACCCAAGUAGAAGGGGCCAGGCCGCUCUCCGCACGGGUGCCCAGAGUGGCCAUCGUGUUAACAGAUGGACGGGCUCAGGAUGAUGUCUCCGAGUGGGCCAGUAAAGCCCAGGCCAAUGGUGUAACCAUGUAUGCUGUUGGGGUAGGGAAAGCCAUUGAGGAAGAACUACAAGAGAUUGCCUCUGAGCCCACAGAAGAGCAUCUCUUCUAUGCCGAAGACUUCAGCACGAUGGGCGAGAUAAGUGAUAAACUACGGAAAGGCAUAUGUGAAGCUCUGGAAGACUCUGGUGGAAGACGGGAUUCCCCAGCAGGGGAACUGCCAAAGAGGGCGCGCCAGCCAACAGAAUCUGAGCCAGUCACCAUAAAUAUCCGAGACAUACUUUCCUGUUCUAAUUUUGCAGUGCAACACAGAUAUCUGUUUGAAGAAAACAAUCUUGCACGGUCUACACAAAAACUUUUCCAUUCGACAAAAUCCUCAGGAAGUCCUUUGGCAGAAAAACACAAUCAAUGCAAAUGUGAAAACCUUAUAAUGUUCCAGAACCUUGCAAAUGAAGAAGUAAGAAAAUUAACGCAGCGCUUAGAAGAAAUGACACAGAGAAUGGAAGCCCUGGAAAAUCGCCUGAGAUACAGAUGAAGAUUCAAAAUGCUACAUGUAUUUGUACGUCAUUGUAUCAAGGAUUACAGUGAAACAGUUCAGAGCCCCAAAAGCUCAAGCUAUCAUUAAUUCUGUAAGGUUGUAAACUAAAACGUAACUAGUACUGAGAAAGCUGGUUUGCUAUAGAGCAAAGGCAAAAAGUACACACUAACUUGUAUAAAUUCAUUGAGAAAAAAAAUCUUUCAGAAUCCUAAAAUGCGUUUAUCAAGUGAGAACAAAUAAGCUAUGCAAGAUAUUCUGUAAUAUACUGUGGACACAUUUGCUUUUGCCUUGUUCUGCCUUAGUGUUGCAAUCUUAUUUGACUCCAAAAUAAAGUUUGCACAGUCUUACUUCCAUAGAACACUGGCCAUGGGAAAACUAUUUUUUUUUUUUGUAUUGGACUUUACCUUGAUAUAUGUAUAUGGAUGUAUACAUAAAGUCAUAGAACGUAUGUAUCGUGUAACAAGUUACAUUUUUUAAUACAAUAUUAAAAUUCACUUCAGAGAA